UAUUCUGAUAUUUCAUGCCAAACGUAUCAUUGUUCUUGAAGAAUUAUAUACACUUACUUAUAUGUAUUCACUCAUCGCUGACUCUUGUGAAGCACGAAACUCUUGUCUCAGACAAGUUGGGUGAAGCAAUCGCUAGCAUCCGAGUGCGACACUGUAAGCGUUUGACCCCUGGAUACAACGCACGCCACAUCCUCAUCCACAGGACUCACGCAGCGUGAGAAGUGAUGUAACCACGUUACAGUACCAGCAUUCUGCGCCGCAGCACCAGCCAGGAACGAACUUAGAUCUACUAUAUCUAACCGACAGUUCUGAACAGUGCAUGUUCUAUGGGGCGAGAGUCGGGCCACAUGCGGCUAACGGCAGCUUGGCAAGAAUAUAAGAAUCACGUCUCAUGUCUCCAACCCGUAACAUGGUAUACCUCCGCUCUGUUCGGCAUUUCUCUUUGUACUAGCCCUUGGCUACCAUGUCAGCACACUGCUACAAUUACGUUGGCGGCAAGCUCACAUCUUAUGGCGACGAUAUCGAACCCCAUUACUUCCCAUGUGGGCCGGUGAAUAGCACUAAUCCCGCGGUGCAGUGCUGCGCGUGGGGAGACAGUUGUCUUAGCGGCGGCAUCUGCUCAUAUACCCACUCGCUAGCUGGCGGGAGUGGCUACUACGCCGCUGCUUGUACAGAUGAGACUCUUCAAGACGAGGCCUGUAGAUCGAUAUGUGGCGGUCAACUGAGGCCUGACGUAACGUAUAUACCUGAUAGAGGUCUAUGGGCUUGCUGCCGCUCCGAUGAAAAUGGCGGCAACCUUGACUGCGCAGAUCCGACAGACGAGACAUUCAGAUUAGAUGCUCCUGAAGACCUACCUGUCUUCUUCAAGGUGCCGGCGAGCGGAUUCGCUUAUACAUCCGAGUCGAUCGCAACGUCGACAUCAACGAUGCCUCCAACGACGGCUUCGACGCCAUCCUCGACACCGACAUCAACCAUGGCAUCCUCGACGCCACAGCCCACGAUAUCAGCGGGACUAUCGAGUGGCGCCGCCGCUGGUAUUGGCGUCGGAGUAGCUGCCGCGGUGAUCAUCGUAGUAGUACUUGCAUGGCUUGCUUUCAGGAGGCAGAAACGAAGGCGGGGGACAACUACAUACGGAGAGCCUCAACAUCGCAGCGAGCUUGGGCACGACGAAAUAAAAUUGGCUGCAACGACACCAACCCAAUCGCAAAGUGAAUAUCGGCAGAGUCACGUUCAGGAACUUGGAGGCAAUCAGACCUUCAGUGAGCUGCCUGGUUGAAAUGCCUGAUGAUUUCGUGUACCUUGGGGCAUGCAGAAUAACGCGUAGUCCGUGACACGGGAUGAGUGUAUAUAAGCUUGCCUUUGUUGAUUAAUGCGUGUUCCUGCACACAGUAAUGUAUCAUAAUCACUUCAGAAGGGCAUAUCUAAUUCAAAAUUAUACUCCUUUAAUGCUAUCA